ACGAUUCGUAGCCAUGCCGUCGGUGGAGGACUGGGCGUACAUGGACACCUUACGCCCCCCCGUCUACAUCUGUCUGCGUCGCAAGACCGACCUCGUUGACAAUGACUAUGAGCCCAUGCAGCUGGACGGACGCGUGGACAAGGAGGAGUGGGCGCAUGUGCCAUGGUCCGAGCCUUUUGUGGACAUCGAAGGACCAGAGCGCAAACCCAAGGACUUCCCGCUCACGAGGUUCAAAAUGAUGUACGACGACGACACUUUAUACGUGGGGGCAGAGCUCAUCGAGUCCAAAAUCUGGGGCACUCUCACCCAGAAGAACAGCACCAUGUACCACGAGAACGACUUUGAGGUUUUCUUCAAUCCAGACGGCAGUCGUCAUCACUACUACGAAUUGGAAGUGAACUGUCUGAACACGAUCUGGGAGCUGCUUCUGCAUCGUCCGUACAAAGAUGGCUACAGUAUUGAAAACCCAUUCAACCUAGUGUCAGUACGCUCGGCUGUAUUCGUGGACGGCCUGACCAACGCCCCAGAGACUCCGAGUGUGCGUUGGUGUGUCGAAAUGAGUUGGUCACUCGCCGAACUUCAGCAAUUUAACAAACUACGUUUCCGUCGAGACAUAGAUGAGCCGUUAAGUAGCAGAGCUCAGUCUGAAAGAGCGUCAAUUGCCACUCCCAGACCCCCAUCGGGGCCUGGGAAGACAGCGAGACCCGCCGUGACGACUGGCAAAACUCAAGCGGGAGACGUGUGGCGUGUCAAUUUCUCACGUGUUCAGUAUGACCUGGAGACUGUUGUGGACGUCGAUACGAACCAGUUAAAGUACCAAAAAGUGCCUGACAAGCGCGAAGACAACAUCGUGUGGGCCCCCACUGGUGUGAUCGACAUUCAUCGACCCGAGAGAUGGGGCUUUGUGUUUUUUAGCAGUGAAAACGAGCUGCCUGGCGGGGAAUUGGAGCUCGCAAGUGCCAUGACGGGGUUCUUGGAGGCGCAAAUGGCCAUAGAGCGCGUUCUGGACGCUGUUUACUACCGACAACGAGCGUUCCGUGCGUCUCACGGCGGCUAUGCGUCGAGUAUGGAGAUGCUGUACACUGAGUCUUCGUCGGGCCUUCAAGGUGACGAUAAAAAGUGGUUGAACGCCUUCCCACACAGCGAGCUGCUGCGUCGAUACGAACUCGACUUUCCUGUGCUCUCGUGUCGUAGCGAUCUCGUUGACAAGGAUGAGCUAAGCGGUAGGAACUCUAGUCGACGUUACGCUCCUGCGUUGGAUCAGCAGGAUGAGCACUUCGAUGAGAGGACUUUGGUGAAGAACUUUGUCCCUCCACCUCCUCCGGUGUUGAGUCCUCGAUCGCAGGAGAUUACGAACCUUGAGAGCUGUGGACUUUACUCGAACUACACAGCGAUACUUCGUAGUGCAACGCAGACGUGGAACAUAAGUCAAGACGGCCGUCUGUGGCGCACACCAUGAAUAAUUAACUUAGACACUACGAGGUUAAUAUUAAUACGGACAGUAUGGACAACACGUGA